GGACAAUUAAUUCGAAUAGUCAUGUUCUAUAAGUAACGCUAUAAAAUGUUACUCAACUAAAACAAGACAGAAACCAAUACAUUAAUAAUUACAGUUUACAAUUAAAACGAUACGAAGCUUUCAAUUCGAAUAAAAAGGAAAAUGGCACAGACUACGCGCGAUUCGGAUUUAUCGCAAAUUGCAGUCAAUGCCAAUAAUAUACCUGACGACAGCGUUGACUGCGGUAUUAAAGGAUUGGGCUGGUGCAGAGGCGCCACCUGCCAGAAGUUCGCACGCCUGCGCACAUUUAUUGUUGUGCUGGUGGCUGCCGGCUUGCUCCAGGGCGCCUGUGAGCUCUACUUCCGGGUGUCAGCUAAACAGGUAGCAUUCCAAUACGGCUACAAUCCUCUGCUAGUGGAUUGGUUGCUGGUUAGCAGUGGACUCUUCCAGGCAGUGUUUGCCUUGGCUUUUGCCUACUGGGCAGACAUCUAUCAUCCGAUCAAAUGGCUGGUGGGCACAUUUAUGCUGCAGUCAGCAGCUUGUUUAAUUGCUGUCAUACCCGCUAUAAUGAACUUCGCUGAUGGCGCCAAGGCCAAGGAUGCGCUGCUGGACGCCAAUCUGUGCGCCACAUCGUUGGCACAAUUUCAAAAGCUGACACUGACGGAGGCGCAGAGCAGCACCUUGACGCUGGCCAUGCUCUUUGUGCUGCAAUUGGCACUCGGCAUGGGCAUGCUGGCUUAUUAUACGCUUGGCCUCAGCUAUAUUGAUGACAAUUCGCUGUCGCAGGACAGUCCGGCAGUGAUUGGCGUCAUUUUGGCUGCACGUGCCAUGGGCCAGCAAGUGGGCGCGUUCUUGGUGCUUGGCGUGGGCUUAACCAAUGUGGGCUGGUGGCUUGGCUGGGUUGUGCUGGCGCCAUUGAUAUUUGUCGUCGCAGUGCUGCUGGGCUUGUUCCCCAAGCGACUGCCCAAGACGGUGAUACAUCAGGCGGCGCAGCGGAUCAUUGAGCAGUCCAGCAUGCGCAUGUUUGGCAGUCAGUUCUCCACCUACCUGGACGACACGGACUUUUGGCCCUCACUCAAACGCUUGUUCAACAAUCGCCUGCUAAUGUUCAAUAUACUGAGCGUCAUGUUCCUCAUGAGCGGCGUGCUCAACUAUGCGGUGCAGGAGGAGAGCUAUCUGCAGAGUCGCUUCUUUCUGCCCUUCAGCGAGCAGGAUGGCUUGACUCAGGAGUGGCGCGCUGCCUUUGUCUCCUACUUUCUGCGCCCGCCUGUCAUGGCUGUGGGCAUGCUCAUUGCCGGCCUGGUCAUAUCCAAGGCGCAGCUUUCAGCACGCACCAUAACCAGCAUCAACAUUGGCUUGGGUCUGCAUCUGGUGGGGAUCUUCGUCACCUACAUCUUUCUCAACUGCGAUGUGGGCGCCAUAGCUGGCAUUGCGGGCGGCAAGCUAACGCAACCUUAUUGCGCCAGUCAAUGCUUGUGCACGCCCACCGCCUUCCUGCCUGUGUGCCCAGAGAACAGCAGCAUUACCUACUUCUCGCCCUGCUACGCUGGCUGCACGCAAAAGUCAUCGAUUAACAGCUUCGAGAUCUACGAAGGCUGCAGCUGCAUGGGUAACCAGAGCAUUGAUCACUCGGGCGGCGUGCGUGCCACAGCUGGCGCCUGCAGCGCUGGCAGAUGCGAGAAGACCAUUCUUAUCUUUCAGGUACUCAGCGUAUCGGCGGCUUUUAUAUUGGGCGUCAGCUUGAUUGGCAAAACGCUGAUCACUAUACGCGCUGUGUUGCCGCAGGACAAGACAUUGGCGCUGGCCUUUGAGCUUAUGAUUGUCUACUUGUUUGCCUAUGUGCCUGCUCAUCUAAGCUACGAUUUGGUGACACGCACCACUUGUGUUUACUGGGCGCCCAACUAUGAGCGUUGCUUGCUGCGCGAGACACCCAAACAUGGCAACAUUUUGAACAUUCUGACAGCCAGUCUUAUUCUGGCUGGCGUGCUCUUCGAUGUGCUGGUCUACAUAUUCGCCAAGGGACUGAACCUCUACAAUUGCAAGGUCACCGACAACAACUACACACCUUCAUUGUAUGCGCCUGUGCCACAUGAGGAUGUCAACGCGAUGGCAGCACGUGGUGGCAGUCCCACCACUAUAACCACUGCCACUUCCAGCUCGCCCAUGCAACGACGUGAUAAUCGGGAGCCAGAGCAGGAACAGCAACAUCCACCAGUUGAAGCACGCAAUGCUGCUAUGGUAUUCCGCCAUCCCAGCUCGCUGACUGACUCCUCUGGCACUCAAAGCAUUGUCGAGCCCAAUGGCAGUGGCGUCACUUAUGCUCAGGUUGUCUUUCCGCCCGACAAGCGCAAGCCGGAUGAUGGCAGCACGAGUCCCAAGCGGCUUGCAGUGCCUGCUAAUGUGCCGCUGCAUCAUCUAUCCGAAACGGAUGUGCGUGCUCAGCUGAACACGCUAAAGUCCUUUAAUGCCCCAGCUAAGACAGAGCAACAGCCACCAACUGAGGCGGAUUAUGCUCAAGUGAUUGCCAAGCAGCCCUUGCCCGCUGAGCCGCAGCAUCUGGAGAGGCCUCAAAGCCCUGAAACUGAUUUCUAAGCUAUUUCUGGCUUGCUUUUUGUAUUCUUAGCCUCAUAUAAUUCAUAAUACUAUUUGUUUAAGUUCAUUAUCCAUGUUCAAAGUACAACGGCGAAAAUUGUAUUUUAAUAAUAACAUUUAUGUAUAUGCAUGUAAUGUUUUAAGUUGUAAGGCUAAGCUGCUAUAUUGUACGAUUAUUAAUAAAACGAA